CAAAAACUUUGGUAACAAAUCUACUUCGGCAUUAUGGAGACAUAUGAAAAGUCAUCAUCAAAAUAUUUAUAAAAGUAAUGAACCAUUACAAAUAAAAGAAAAGUUUACAUCGCACGGAUUUAGAAAAAAAUUAAUUGAUUGGAUAGUAAUUGAUGAUCAACCAUUUACAGUUAUUGAAGGAAAGAAAUUUAUAGAUAUGUUAACAUAUCUUAAAUUUGAUUUAAAUUUACCAUCAGCAGAUACUUUACGACGUGAUUUAGAUGCAAAUUUUGUACAAAUAAAAGAUAGCUUAUUUCAAAAAUUGCAG